GGCCGCCCCCUUCUUUCUUCCUCCCUUCCCCCCUUCCCCCCUUCCCCUCCCUCUCGGCUUAGGGCUCAGGCUCGGCUCGGCGGGUCAGUCGGUCAGUUUCCCGGUUUCCCGCCUCCACUCUCCACCGUCGCUUCGCUUACCGUCGCGUUGCCCUGACGACUCGGCUCCGCGCUCCGUAUUUACUACUUUGGGUUCAGCGGACUGACGCUGCUUUUAUUGUGAACAAUGAGUGACUCAGGUGAUGAUUUCCCGGAUUUGGAGAUUGGGUCUCAGUUUAUUAGUAAGAAACCUUAUGCUGUCACCAGAAUUAAUGUAGAUGCUGAAAUAGCUCAGAACCGUGCAAGAAAAGAGCUGAAAAGACAGAUCGAAGAACAUCAAUUGGUAUUUGAUGACCAAACUGAAGAUCAAAUCAACAUACCAGAUUUACCCAAACCAACAAUUUGUGCCUUUCCUCCUUCAAGACAAUUUUUUCACCCCGAUAGGAGCUUGAGAACUUUUAACUGUGAUUCCCUCACAACUGAAAAGCUGGGGCCCUCCAAAUUUUUUAAAUGCUCAUCAGAAAAUGCAGACGAAUUCUUUUCUUGGGUCAGGUCUAAAUUCAAGACUUCUGAUGAUGACCUUCAACGACAAUAUCUCCAAUAUUUGUGGUUGUUGAUGUCGUGCCACCCAAACGAAUUUAUUGUUCAGAAUUGUUAUGAUUUAUUAAUAGAGUACAAUUCGUGCUGGAAACUAACUUUUGAAGAAGUUGUCCUAGUAUUUUACAAUUGGGGGGCUUCUCCAAGUGACUUUGUUUCAGAACAUGACAUUGAGUCUAUAAUUUCCAAUUUGGACUGCAGUAUUUUGAUUUCUCCUGUAAAUGUUGAGAAAGUGAGUGAAAAUACACUUGUCCCUGUUAAAGUAGUCAAUGUUCAAAAGGUUUUACAAGUUUUAUCCUAUCAACUGUCGUGCAACAAUUUAGAAGGAAGCCAAAGCUGCAAAAAGUCCAUCUUCAUUUUACUAACUCUUCUAGUGCUUGAUAAGAACUAUUAUUCCUGUCUGUCAUCUGUUCAUGCUUGUUUAGAACACUUGGCCAACUCACAAACCUCACCCUGGAUCGCGGAGUAUUGUGAGUCAUUACUUCAAACAGUAUCACAUCAUGCUGAAGUUGCAUUCCUGUCAGAAUGUGUAGUUCCUGAAUGUAUGCGUUGGUGCCUUUGUGUGGCUCAUUGUCAACAAGUAUUCUCACUGCAACAGACCUUUGUUGCUGACUCUGAUCCCUUGCUCUUGAUGAAUAUUCUUUUGGGGAAUUUCGACACUUUCUUAAAAUUGGAAUCUUGGGAAUUGUAUUCCUUGGUAUCAAUUGUUGACUCAGGAUUAUCUCAAGUGGUUUCCUUUGAAACGGAUCAUGACAUUAAAUGUGGUUUUCUUGAUUGGUUAAAUCAGUUCAUGGAAAGAAAAUUUGAACGCAGAACUCCAGAUAUUGAUGUGGAUGCAACUCUUAUAGUGCAACUUGUCAGUCGUUUGCAGGCUGAGUGGGAGUCAACAUGGGUUCCAGAACCCUCAGUACCUCUUGACGCAGAUCUUGUUGUUGAAAAGGCUGAUGCCGAUUCUGAUUAAGGGUUCUUGUAAAAUUUUAAAAAACUAAUACAGAUUGUAUCAACACGUUGGUUGUUACAGAAAUAUC